AAUGACAGCGAAGCUACAUCGCAUGCACACAUCGAUUACGAACGGGAGUCGAGCAACACGCAACCAAAUCUAGAAUAUUUAAAAAUAAACGAAUUCGACGAUCGCAGUUUGAAACCAUCAUGGGUGGACUCUUCCGGUUAGUGGUAGCGUCUUGUCUAACAAUAGAACUUCUGGCGUCUCAAAAUACAGAACCAGCAUACAAGUUGGAUCCUAACGCUUGGUGGGGACCGGAAUGCACGAAAUACCACAAUGAUACCAGCAUACGACCCUUUGAGAUCGUUUUCCAUGACAAGAUGAUAGCGGACCUCAGAUAUCGACUUAAUAAUCAUCGCAAACCCGUGCCACCGUUAGAAGGGAUCGGAUUUGAGUACGGCUUUAACUCUAAUAUCUUAGAUGGCUGGCUUCAAUAUUGGGCAGAAGAGUAUCCCUUUAAGGAAAGGGAAAUAUUCUUGAACAAAUAUCCCCAAUAUGUGACCAACAUACAGGGAUUGGACAUACAUUUUAUUAAGUACAGACAGAAGGCUUAUGCCCAUCAAGAAAUAGUUCCGUUAUUGAUUCUUCACGGCUGGCCAGGAUCUGUGAGGGAAUUCUACGAAACAAUACCACACUUGACAAGUGUAAAUAAAAGCAGAGAUUUUGCUGUCGAAGUAAUAGCUCCUACUCUACCAGGGUUUGGAUAUUCAGACGCUGCGGUCAGACCAGGGCUAGGUAUGCACGAAAUCGCUGUAGUCUUCAGUAACUUAAUGAAAAGGCUUGGCUAUAAGAAAUACUAUGUUCAAGGAGGCGACUGGGGUGCUUUUAUUGGUUCCUCAAUAGCAACUUCAUUUCCCAAUGAAGUCCUUGGCUAUCAUACCAACUUAGGGUUAUCGCUUACACAGAAAGCCUUGUCCUUAACCCUAUUUGGUUCUCUAUUUCCAUCGCCAGUAGUCGAUCCAGCAUUGGCUGAUCGAACGGAUCUAUUGUCAGGGCACAUAAGGGAUGCAAUGAUCACGGAGUUUGGAUACAUGCACAUACAAGCCACUAAGCCUGAUACUCUAGGAAUAGCAAUGACAGACUCACCAGGAGGUCUACUAGCAUACUUCCUCCAAUUAAUCUCAACUGGGACUCGAAGUUAUUUCUUGAACCUCGAAGACGGAGGCAUAGAUAAAUACUACACUCGAGAUCAGUUGUUGGAUAAUAUCAUGAUGUAUUGGGCGCCGAAAAGUAUAACCACUUCAUUUAGGAUCUAUGCUGAAUCUCUGAACCGGAGAACGCUGGCGUUGGGAAUUUCUGAAAUACCUACUCCAGUUCCAACAAUCACGAUUCACGCCAGCGAUGAAAUUGCCUACCAAUCGCCUUUGCUUCUCAGAACUAAAUUCACUAACUUAUUGUAUACUACAAACAUAGAUACCGGUGGUCAUUUUUUGGCCUUAGAAAUGCCGAUACUCUUUGCUAAUGAUGUUUUAAAUGCCAUCGCCGAAUUUAGGAACUGGCACGCAAAGGGAGGUCACGGUAAUGGAGAAUUACUUCCCAACAAUAAUGGAUAAUUAAGACCUCUUAAAAUUUAAUCCUCUCUAUUCCAUUAACGAAUGUUUCAUAAUAUAUUUUGGCACUUUAGAUUUUACUAAAAGUCUUAAAUCACUGGCUUCCUUAAUGUACCGCUAAAAGGUAUUUUGUGGCAUUUGAUACUUAUCUACGUAAUACGGUAAAAUGUUCAGCAACCACGUCAUAUCUGAUCCUCCCGAUCCACUAACGGUGCUUCUAGGUACCUCAAGCACCGGUCAUCGUUCCCGUCGAACCCGUCGCUUGC